AAACGAAUAAAAAUGAAUAAGCAACCUUUAUUUGGUGGUAGCAUUUAUACAAUUAUCAAGUCAUCUUAUAUUGAUGCAAGUAACCUGCGUCAAGUACCCGAUAACCAAGAAGUAUUUUUGGAUAUGCGAACAAACCAAAGUUUGAUUAUAGAACUAUUGGAAAAAGUAGAACAUUUGAAUGAAGAAGCAGCAAAAUUCCAUUUUGAACAAAUAGCUGAACAUAAUAACGCGACAAGUUACUCUAUCAAAGGUGUGGAACACGUUAGUAUAGAUGUGGCAGCACCAAAAUUACCAUUAGAUACCACGGUUUAUUUCGUACGAGGGAUACAAAAUGUUGCUAAAUUCAAUGAAGAUGCUGUCAAUCAUGUGGAACUAGUCAUGGCAGUAGUACGAUUGGAAAAAGUACAAACAGAUUUGAUCAUCUCACUCAAUGCACCUAUUCAACUGGCUCCCAAUAGCAGUGAAAUGCACGAUAUUAAUCAAAUAGAACCUAUUGCUCCUGUGGCAUUGAUUAUCGAAGAAGUUAAGCAAAUCGUUCAAGCUCUGGAAAUCCAUGAUUGGGGACUUUUUGGUGUUUAGACGAUAGUAAUUAGAAUGAUUAUAUAAUCAAUAAAAUACUAGUUUUGAAACAAUCA